CAUUUAACAAAACAUACAGACUUCAUUUGGAAGUUUCAGAAUAUAAUCAUUCUGAUAAACAAAAAAAAAAGAAUUGACGCACCCACCGAUAAUAAAAUUGUAAAUAACCCCGGCAUAAUCUGAACACAAACGACGGACAACAAGUACCAGAAAAAGUCAGUAAAUUCUAUUUAAACUUUAACAAAAAGGACUCAUUCCGCCAACACAACAACAUUUCAACACAAGCGCGAAACGUGCAUAAUGACGAGCAUUUCGGCAAUUCUACAACAUCAAAAUCACAGCAUUAGCAACAGCAGCAGCAGUAAUUCCUCAUCGCCAACGCAAUUAGCCAGUUCAGUUGUGCUCAAUAUGAGUUCACCAUUGAAACAAACAAACUCCAACGCCAUCACAUCCGCCAACAUGGGCAACAAUUCCACAAUAGCAAAUUCCAGCAGCUCACACAAUCAGCAUCAUCAGCAUGCUCAUCAGCAUGCUCAUCAUCAAAAUGUCACACAUCAUAAUGCGUCACACCAUCACCAGAACGACCACAUCAAGCGUCCAAUGAAUGCUUUUAUGGUAUGGUCACGAGGGCAACGACGCAAAAUGGCGCAGGAUAAUCCAAAAAUGCACAACUCUGAGAUAUCGAAACGUCUAGGCGCCGAGUGGAAAUUGCUAACCGAAGGACAAAAGCGACCAUUCAUUGAUGAGGCAAAGCGAUUACGAGCACUGCACAUGAAAGAACAUCCCGACUACAAGUAUAGACCGCGUCGCAAACCGAAAUCGUUAAACAAGUCACCAGUGCCAGGUAAUGGCGGUACUCAAAAUGGUUUACAGAAGGAAACACACAUGAGUAGUGCACAACAUCAUCAUGCCAACAGUGUACACCAUGCUCACCAACAAGCUUCUCCUACACUUAGUGCAAAAUACGGCUUUGGCACACCAUUGGAAUUAACUCUGAAUAUGCCACCACGCGUGCCUAAUGCCUUUCCUGCACUCUCACACUAUCCAUUAGAUCCUACAAUCGCUUUGGAUUUACAAGCGCGUCUACAGGCAAUGUACGCUGGCAGCUUAUACCAUCCAUGGCGUUAUUUUGGUUGCACACCUCUGAUCAGUCCUGAAACGCCUCCUUCUCCGCCCAGUAGUAGUAGUACAGGCAUAUCGUCUUACGGUUGCAUUAAGUCUGCCAAAUCAUCUCCAACUUUGUCACUGACAAGUGCACAAACGGCGCCACCUAAUAUUAUUUGACCAACCCCAUUGCGGUAUGGUGCCGCCGAACAUGCUGUUUGAGAAGUAAGUGCGGUGAUGCUGUUUAAACACUAAGAUGUUUUAGUAUAUAUUUGAAUAUAGUAGAAGAUAUAAUUAAUAAAAAUGAAUAUAUUGUAUACAAAAGAUUUUUAAACGUCUGAUCAAGUAUG